AAUUCGGCUUAAAGGACACGCUUUGGAAAACAUCUCUCUUUCUUGAAAAUGUCGUCGUACAACAACAACAACAACGGUGGGUACAACAGCAACCCGUAUGCAUAUCCGUCAGAGAACAACCCCACCAGCGGCGGCAACAAGGGGCAGGAAGUGCAGCGCCAGGUCGAUGAGGUCGUGGGCAUCAUGCAGGAGAACAUCAACAAGGUGAUGGAGCGCGAGGAGCGCCUUGACACCCUGCAGAACAAGACCGAGCAGCUGAACGAGGGCGCGAGGCAGUUCCGCCGCGGUGCGACCGACGUGCGCAAGAAGAUGUGGUGGCGCGACAUGAAGCUUAAGAUCAUCAUCGCCGUCAUCAUUAUCAUUCUUAUCGUGGUCAUUGUCGUUCCUGUCGUUAUGUCAAAGAACAAGUAAAAAAUGGUUCUCGUUUUGGGCACCCGCACGUAUCGAUCUCGCUCUCAUGGGACACACCCUGUCUUGUGAAUGAGAAUGCACAGGUUUUUGUGUUGUUCAGCAGGGAGAGACCGUUUAGUGCCGGCUGUUUCUUUCUG